AUGGCUUCUCUCUUCUCUGCCUUAACCGGCGGUUCACGCUCCAAUUCCGCCUCCCAGGCACGACCACAGCCUCUUCGGCCCGCAAUCUCAUCUCAUGGUGCCACAGGCGGACGGACCACCACACCCACACCCCAACAGCGCACAGUCGAAGCCCGUGCCGCAUUCGACGGCUCCCUCGCCGCCGCCGGCUCUGCCUCACUUGACUCCGAGCUCCAGGCCCGCGCGAAGAACAUCCACGAGAACGCCGGCCGUCUGGAUGAGCAGGAUCGGCGGGUGCGGAACGAGACUGAUGCGUUGGCGAUGGAGGGGAAGUCUGUGGAGAGGAUGUUGGACAAGGCGGAGGGAAAUCUGAGGAAGGCUGGUGGUGGAAGCAAAGGUGAGAAAGGAAUGGCUGACCAGUUUGAGGAUGAGAUCUCGGCUAUUGAGAAGGACUUGGAUUUUUUGGAUGAUAUGUUGGAUGAUGCGGAGGGUGUGGGUGAUGGUUCGCGACAUGUCGAACACGCCUUCCCCGAUCUUCAACAGGCCGGAACGAUUCUCUCUUGGCGUGAGUUCGAGGAAUUGAAGGCAAUGACUGCGGAACUGGAGGCAGCGAUUGAGGAACUGGAGGCAGUGAGAGGGACUGAAGGCAGCGAGUCGAGUACCAACGGCAGCGAUUCAGGUUAUGGAGGCAGUGAUUGA